AUGAGCGGGAAGUACGCUUCUUCGCCCGAGUGGGCGUCUAUCAAACCUAUUCCCCUGGACGACGGCUCCAAGGACAAUGAUAUUAUGCCGCUGGCAACGAUCGCUUACCCCGAUGAAUAUCUCGAGGCGACCUCAUACCUGCGGGCGGUAAUGGCUGCUAAUGAAUUGUCCGAACGUGCCCUCAAGCUGACAGAGGAUAUCAUUUCUAUGAAUCCGGCACAUUACACGGUCUGUUUUAAUGCACGCAUUGUCGUUACCUUGGUUGGCUUUUGGCCACUUAUUGGAUAUCGUCAUAUAUUGAAACUGGAAUCACCCAGAACACAAGAAGAUUUCUACCUUACAGACUGCCUCUACUCCUUAAAUGUCCUAUGGCUAUACCGAGCCAAGAUCUUGUUCGCUCUCGACAAAAGCCUAGACGAUGAAUUCGCCUGGUUAAACAGAGUCUCAUUGAAGUAUUUAAAGAACUACCAGAUAUGGCACCACCGCCAAAUCAUUAUGUCUUCCAAGAAGCAUUUCCCCACUCUUCCAGCAGCAGAACCCGAUUUCCUCAUGGAUAUGUUCGCGCAGGACUCCAAAAACUACCACGUCUGGACCUACCGCCACUGGCUCGUCCGCCAUUUCAACCUCUGGGACUCUCCUCGCGAGAUUCGCGACGUUGAGACCCUCAUCGAACAAGACGUCCGUAACAACUCCGCCUGGAACCAUCGCUACAUUCUCCGCUUCGGACCUCGCUACGACGAGCCAGAUGCCGGAAUGGCGAAUGCCACCAAACCCGGAAGCCAAAAGGGCCAACUUGACGUCGUUGAUGAAGAUCUAGUCGAUUCAGAGCUCGAGUACGCUAAAUCAAAGAUCGUUCUGGCGCCUGAGAACAGAAGUCCCUGGUCGUAUGCCCGUGGGGCUCUCCGCGCUGCUGGGAGACCCUUGUCUGAAUGGAAGGGUUUCGCCAGUCGAUUCGUUACUGAUGAGACGGAUGAAAAUGGAAAUAUUACCAAUGUCCAUGUCAAGAGCAGCUUAGCUGUUGAGUGGCUAGCGGACGUGUAUGCUGAAGAGGCCGCCAAUGCAGAGGCUAUCCGCAUGCUUACGCUGUUGAAGGAGAAAUAUGAUCCUAUUAGGAAGAAUUAUUGGGAUUACAGAAUCCGGAUGCUAUCGACGGAAGAAGAGUCGACUAGGCCAGCAGCGGCACCAGCAGCUGUCUCUGCAUCUGCGUGA